UUCCAGCUACAAAACUACACCAUGCGCCUCCCCUGAGUGGGGCUGGAAUAAUCACCGGGAAGACGCUUGUACUCAAAAGUAUAUUAAAUUAUGACAACGCCUGACCAUCUUGGAGCUCCCACGCAAUGAUUUUACUUGUUCUGCUCGCUUUUACGGACACAACCGCCGCCGCCCGCCUGCGAUGACUCCUCACAACUACACAGGUGGACUAAUGAAUCAAGAAGCAAGAAUGGAGGUGUAAAUCGGACCAAGUGGAACAUAUUUUCUUGCAUCCUGCUGGAGUUACCUUUUCGAUGUGGGCGUUCACGGAUAACUGGAUUUUAAGUUUAGUCGAAUGAUGGCAUCCCGUUGGGUUCAUUCUUGUGAAGAUGAUGAGAGACAACAAGCCAGAUCUUCUUUCUGUGAGAAUGAAUCUCCAGACUGGAGAAGCUUGCCUGAUUCUCCUGCAGCGCAGUACCAAACAGAAGAGGAAUUCUCAUGGCCGAGACCUAAAACUGUGCUUUUGCGUCGAACCUCCCAAGGUUUUGGCUUCACCCUGCGCCACUUCAUUGUGUACCCACCGGAGUCGACCAUGCACUGCUUCCCGGAGGAAGAUCAUGGCCGCAGAGGGAGACAAAGGAAUAGGCUAGAACCAAUGGACACCAUUUUCGUGAAGCAAGUGAAGGAAGGUGGCCCUGCUCACGGAGCUGGGCUUUGUACAGGUGAUCGACUAGUGAAGGUGAAUGGAGCGAGCAUCAUCGGGAAAGCCUAUUGUGAGGUCAUAGCCCUGAUCCAAGAAAGUGGUGAAUUCCUCGAACUUUGUGUGAUGCCAAAAGAUGAGGAUAUUCUGCAACUGGCCUACUCCCAGGAUGCCUACCUCCGUGGCCACAGCAACUACAGUGGAAAUGCUCGUCACAUUCCUGAACCACCCCCAGUAUGCUACCCCAGAGUAGACUGUAAGCCUACGGGCAUGGCCCAGGCGACAGACUCAGCAGAGCAGGUCUGCCGAGGGCCAACCGCACCCCCUGACCAUGGGUACCGCAAGGAGAUCACCGUGCCGCCAUCUCCGCCGCCUCAAUCAUAUCCAAAAAGUCAAAUGGCAGUGUGCAUGCGCAACGACAGUGUGAGGACAGUGGUGGUUCCUCCUGAUAAAGCCCACAUGGGGCGGAUGGGUCCAGCACAUAGGAUAGAUUACAUGGACCCUGUCUUUGUCAGGGGGAGGCCUGGGUCACUGGCCCAGUAUCCUCAGCCACGAAAGGCUGAUGUUUAUCCCAGUGGUCCAGGAAUGCAUCCAUAUGGAGGUCAGGCACCUCAUUACCCAGCCAACCAUCAAAACAUUGAUUGGCGCACUUACCAAACGUACCGGGAGUACAUUGACAACAAAGGAAUCCAUUCCCAUGGUAGCCGGACUAUCCAGGAGAGGCUGGAUAAUUUGCGAGCUACUAAUCAGACCGCCUUUGGCGCUGCUCAUCACAUUCCCCGGGGAGACUGGGGACCUAAGGGGAUAAGACGGAGGAGUACAUCACAUGAACGAUCAUACCAAGGACCUCCACCCCACUUUCAGAUAGCCCCGCGCAGUGCAUCGCAGGACCGGAUGCUCAGUGCGGAGAGAAUGGGUCAAACCAGGAACUGGCCUCCUCGAAGUGUGUCCCAAGAUGGCCUAAUGCACAAAGCCCGGGCACAUUCCACGGACUAUGUUGACCCUGCAGAGUUGGCUCGGCCCAGUGAGAGGAGAGGAGGGUAUGGAAGGGCAGACCAAGGUACGAGGCCCAGCAGACAGUCUGUCCCCAGACACGCCAUGCUCCACAGGCCCUCUAUUGGAUACAGUGGUGGCAUGAGGGGGCCACCCAACCCCUCUCUGUACUCUAAAGGACAAGAUUCUCUUCAGACCCGCUCCUCACCCAUGCUCUCAGACAGAUCCUCACAUUUUGGAAAGAGCACAAGUGCAGAACACUCUCUUACAGACCAAAGAGGGACAGUCAAAGGAAACCACGUGGCCCACACUUCCCAACAAGGCCUAAGCAGGGUGCGGGCUGAAACCAUGCAGCCUGUUGAGGCAGGCAGAGAAGCAGCAUUGGUAGGACACAGGUCUUGCUCUACCCCAAAGCUAAUGCCUCAGCGACCAAGCAUACUCAAACCACCUCCCCUAGACCCACAUAGUCAGGUCAACGGGCGAAGCCCAACGGAGACUGGCGUUGUUCUUAGGGAAAAGCCCCCCUCUGGAAAGAACCCCAGCCCUCUGCGGCACCCCUCCUACAUCCUGGCGGUAACUGACGAUGGAGCAGACUCAACAGCAGAUGUGGCGGCUUGCUGGCUUCCCAACGAUGCACGUCGAGAGAUACGCAUACGUCGCCUUGGGGAACAAUGUCACACCUCGUGUUCCAGCAACCUGGAUGAGUCUUUGGACUCCAUUCCAUUUAUUGAUGAACCAAUCAGUCCCAGUGUCGACCAAAACGCUGCUCCUAUUCCACCCUCGGCUGUGAUAUCUGUUGCACCAUCCGUAAUGACUGGUCCCUCCACCCCUGGCUCACCAUGCCCUCCCAUUCGUCGUCAGCUGUCACAUGACCAAGAGUCACUCAGAAGUGCUUUGUUGGAGUCUGACACAGCCAGUAAAACAGAGCGGUCCAAAUCCUAUGAUGAGGGUCUGGAUAACUAUCAGGAGGAGGGCAGAGGGAGAUCUUCAAGUAGGCAUAUGCCGAGUUUCAGGGGCCUGAGAAAGGCUCUAGAUGGUCAUAAAUCAUCUGGGGAUUCUGGAUCUCGAAGGGAUUCUUCUUCAGGUAUCUUUGCGGAUUCUUCCAAAGAAGGUUAUCUCAAUUUCAGGCAACUUACUACAGAUAAAAACAAGCGUGUCGGUGGAGGAAUGAGAUCAUGGAAGCAGAUGUACGCUGUUCUACAAGGUCACACCCUCACGCUCUUCAAAGACAGGAAAGAUGCACAGUCUCAUGCCUCCACACAAUCUGAUGAGGAGCCACCGCAAAUCAGCAUCAAGGCCUGUCUGAUUGACAUCUCCUAUAGCGACACGAGACGCAAGAACGUGCUGCGUCUUACCACCUCAGACUGCGAGUAUUUAUUCCAGGCAGAAGGGAGGGACGACAUGCUGACCUGGAUCCGAGUCAUUCAGGAAAACAGUAACCCGGAUGAAGAGAAUGCUGCUGUAACAAGUCAGGACUUGAUCAGUCGAAAGAUCAAAGAGUACAACAUGAUCAGCGCCCCCAGCAGCAGGUCAGAACCAUCCCCCAAAACCUCCCGCCAGUCUCUCAGCAUCAAACAAGCCUUCCUGGGAGGUAAAACAGACGGCAGGGGCCACAGUCCUCACUCGCCUAAAUCAGGAGAUGAGCGGAGGGCGUUGAAAGAUGAUUCCAGUCCACCACGAGACAGAGGUGCUUGGAAAAUUGGCAUCGCAGGGAUCAUGAGGAAGCCCUUUGAAAAAAAGACUCCAGCUGGGGUCACGUUUGGGGUGCGGCUUGAUGACUGUCCAGCUGCACAGACAAACAGGUUUGUUCCUCUGAUCGUGGAAGUUUGCUGUAAUGUGGUGGAGGAGAGAGGUCUGGAGUACACAGGAAUCUACAGAGUCCCUGGGAACAACGCUGCCAUCUCCAGCAUGCAGGAGGAGCUCAACAGUAAAGGCAUGAAUGACAUCGACAUCCAGGAAGACAAAUGGCGGGACCUAAAUGUCAUCAGUAGUUUACUGAAGUCCUUUUUCCGAAAACUUCCUGACCCUCUGUUUACAAAUGAAAAGUAUGCUGAUUUUAUUGAAGCCAACAGAACAGAAGACUCAGUGGAGAGAUUAAAAGAGCUCAAGAGGCUGAUCCAGGAAUUACCUGAUCAUCACUUUGAAACUCUGAAAUUCCUUUGUGCUCACCUCAAGAAGGUUUCUGACAACUGUGAAAAGAACAAGAUGGAGCCUCGUAACCUGGCGAUCGUGUUUGGUCCUACACUCGUCAGAACUUCUGAGGACAACAUGGCCAACAUGGUCAAUCACAUGCCAGACCAGUGCAAGAUAGUUGAGAACCUUAUCCAGCAGUACGACUGGUUCUUCACUGAUGACUGUGAUGACGACCCUGUUACCACAGCUGAGCAGGAAAGCACAGUGCAGUCUCAGCCUGUGCCCAAUAUCGACCACCUGCUCUCAAACAUCGGGCGGACUGCACCGUCACCGGGCGAAGUCUCAGAUUCAGCAUGUAGUGACUCCUCCAAAUCAAAGGGCUUGUGGGGGUCAGGGAAGGAUCAGUGUAGCAAAGAGAUGCUGCGCUCCUCCUUCUUCGCCAGCCGCAAGCGUAAGAAGCCCAAGGACAAAGCUCAACCCAGCAGUUCAGACGAUGACCUGGACGCUGUGUACCCCAAGAAGGAGCUCCCGGAGGAGAGCCAGCAGCACCCUCUGUGGUCCCCAGACAGCCGGACCGAGGAGGAGGGGGAGACAGAUGAAGCCAGUGAGAAAGAGAAGCACAGGAACAGCUCAGAGGAGCAGCUCGACAUGCCCAGCAGGAAAGAGUCUCUCUCUUGCAGCCUGACAUCGCAGCCCUCUCCCUCCCUACCUACAGAACACAUUUCCUCUGCCCUUCAAGCCGGCUCCCCCUACGCCUCGCCCUCCCAUUCCCCGAACCUCAGCUACCACAUGCCGAUGGCUCACCAGUCCUCUCUGUCAGACCCGCCUUCCAACUACGACGACACGGUGUCCGACCUUGGUACGAUGAACAGCACCAGCUCUCAGGCGUCGGUGCCCAGAGUGAGGCGAGGCAGGAUGGUGGCUCCAGAGGCAGGGCCGAGCGGGCUAGCGGCAGAGGUUUGCUCCAUCACCUCCGAUUACUCCACCACCUCCUCCAUGACGUUCCUGACUGGAGCUGAGCUCAACACUCUCAGUCCUGAAGUGCAGAGUGUGGCAGAAAGCAGGGGUGGAGACGACGCUGAUGAUGAGAGGAGUGAGCUGAUCAGCGAGGGAAGGCCCAUGGAGACGGACAGUGAAAGCGACAUGUCGGUGUUCACAGUUGGAAAAGCAGAACAUCGUGACCCUCAGGAGGCUCCUCGUCCCCUCCCCUCACACAGACUCAUUGAGUGUGAUACGCUUUCCAGAAAGAAAGCCGCUCAACAGAAACACAACAGCGAGUCUUCACUGGAAGGAGCGUGGAGUGAUAAAGAUUCCAACAGGCUGUCACGAGUGAUGGGGUCGGUCAAAGGACGCUCCACAGGCAGCCUCAGCUCCUCGUCUCGUAGCGAGUUAGAUAAGGCCGAGCCAGCGUGGAAGCUGAAGAUCACCGACAGACUGAAGGUGCGUCUGCGAAUGUCUGUGGAUGACAUGUUUGGCGUGGGCAGCCAGAGGAGCCGGUCCCCGGAGGGCCGCAGCAAGAAGAAGAACAUCAGACGCAGGCACACCAUGGGCGGUCAGCGGGACUUCCCCGAGCUGUCCGUUUUGGGAGACUGGCAGGUCGGCAUCGGUUCAGGCUCUCGCUCCGAGCUGUCGGCUGUGGACCAGCUGAAGCCCAAGUGCAGCUCUCAAGACUUCUCCAUCGGGGACUGGAUUGCACGUGAGCGCCACCGCACCAGCAAUCCCGAGGUCAGCCUGGACUUCACUGAUCAGCAGGGGGCGCUGUGCAGUGCCAGCUCCCAGAACCUCGGUGCCUCGUCCUCGUCUGAACUCCCACAUCGUGCAGCGGAGGUGCUGAACGGAGACGUCCCCCAGAGCAAAAAUCUGAGCCUUUCAGCCACCGCUCACCCACAUAAACUCACAAGUUCCCAGGUGGUCCAUUCACGCUUCUAUCAGUACCUGUGAGAAGUGUUGGACGUGCGUGACUGUCUAUGUUCCUGUCUGUGAGAUGUUUACCUACUUGGGAGUCUGUCAGUGUAAUGUUUGUUGUGUGACCAAUGUUCGUGAAUGGGCAUGUUGUACAAAAAAUUGUCUGGAGUGUGUGUGUCUGUAACUGUGUGCGUGUGCUUGUGAAAAGAGAAUUACUGCACACAGGGAUCGUUGAUCUUGCUCAUGUAGAAGCAUGAAACAAAAUCUUGUUUAUACCUUUUAAAUUUCUUUUCUUUUCUUUUUUUUAAAUGACAAAUGACUUUGGGAUGGCUGAGCAGGAGGAUUUCCUCCCUCCUUAUACAAAUCCCUGUUAUGCUGAAGACUGAGAAGACCUGUGGCUCAUGAAACGAUGAGCUUGUGAAGACUGCGCAAGGAAGUGUGCACUGUGACACUCAAGUUAGGUUUUAGUAAAGUGGCUUUAAGGAUGAACUGACUUUUAGAAUGAAUAGGAAGUAGUAAAAUGAGAUUUUUAGUAUUGCAAAGGAACUAUUUUUGUGUAAAGAGAGUUACGAUCUUCAGAGUCAGCGAGUCUCUCAGUAACCAAAUGAAGAAUGUACAGACAUGCUUGCUGUAAUACUGACUAAAAGCUUUAGAUGCUUGUGUUUCACUCUAAAGUGUACAUAUCCCUAUUUUUCUGUGUACUUGAAUUGUGUUUUUGGUACAGCCUGCACAUGCGGACUGCCUACAAAGCUGUCUGCUGUCAAAGGGGCCUUUCCAAAGGUACAAAGGUGACGAGGAGACACUGGACUUAUGCAAAAUGGAAAAGUAGUUCUUAUUCAUCCCGGUUAUGUGGUUUUAAAGAGCAGUGAACAACAUCCCUCUGAUGCAAGUGUUAUGUUUUUAGUGUUUGUGGUUCACACAUCUGUCAGGCAGCAGAGGAAGAAUAAGUUGGAAGAAAAAAAAAAGAAAAUGGGUAAUCAGAUCUGAAUAUCGUGUUUCUUCUCAAUAGGAAGUGCCUCACAAUGAAAUGUUAAGGGUGCCAUAUUGUCUUUGUCGAGACACACGAAGAUGUUACUGUGAAUGACAUUUUUAUCGUCGAUUCUCAGUCAUUCUCCAGGUUUCUGUAACAAAAAUGCCGAGCUUCCAUUCCUUAGGCAUUCCACUCUGGUCUUAACAUAUUUUAUACGCAUUUUUUGUUCUCUCCUGUUUUUUUUUCUUUAUUUUUUUUUUUCAUUUUUGAUUUUAACAGAACUUGAAUUUUAAAUAUUCCUUGUAAAAUAAGUAACUUAAAUGUACAUAUAAAUGCCAUGUUUUAGCUGCUUUACUUUUCAUUUCCAUCAGUUGGCAGGAUUCAGUACAGUAUUGUGAGUUGAUGAAGAUGAUAAUGAUGAUGAUGAUGAUGCUCGUGGCCUGUGUGGGUGUUGUGUUUGGUACUUCUCUGUGUGGAGAGGUCCCUGCAUGAGGAAACACUUCAUUGAGCUGGAGCGUUUGUACCAAUGCUGUGUUCCUCUGAUUGUUAGAGGGGUGUGCACAGACUCCUGAAACACUGGAAAUAAAUUUUGUCAAUGGCAGAUGGUUGUUUUAUUUCUUUUUUUACUGAUUCACAUGAGUAUCUACAUUAAACUUAGUGUUGAAAUUUAA